AUGCCUCCAGCUCCACCAUCAUCAUCGUCAUCGGUUACCAGCUCAUACUCUGCAGGUUCAGAAAGAAGUAGAAAACGGUCAUUUGAAGAAUUGAUUCUUCCCCCUCUUCAAUUGAGCGCAGGCGCUCCCCCUUCGAAGCAAGAAUCUCCAUACUUUUUUGACUAUAGUGCUAAGAUAAAAAGAGCAAGGACGACUUCUCCAUCGCCAAGAGGUUUGCACGAAAUAACUCCAACAACAUCACCAGCCGCCCAGCAUGCUAAUAUUGUUUCAUUAUCUUCUGAGUUUUCGUCUAUAUUUUCGUCGCCAUUAUUCAAUGCCAAUACACCCAGCAUCAGCUUACCUCCAUUGAAGCACUUGCGGUUGCUUCCGCAUCCAAGUAAGCAAACAUUUUCAUCACGAUUCCCAGAUACCUGUGAGCGGACACAACAAUGGCGUGACAGAUUAGAGUAUUGGUGCAAGGAAGCGGAGCGGGCACGCUACAAAGACAUAGCGACACAAGUUUCCGAGCCUGUUGUGAAAGAUUUGCAGAUGUUGGCAAGUGCUGCAUAUGUUUCAUCAAUAGUCUCAGCCAAAGACCACUUUUAUGAAUUGUCCAACACAUCUGUGAAAGAAAACAUAGCCAUAACACCACCACUUAGUCCCAAAACUUCUCCACGAGAUCCAGAGGGGAAUGUGCCAUUGAUUAAAUUUAGCACAGCUAUCAGUGAGAAGCUCGUCCAAACAAUUAGGGAAAAACGUAUAUCUCGCGCACCACAUAAAAAAACCAACAGUUGCCAGGCCAGAGAGCUGAAGAAACUAUUAGAAUCUAGAUCUAUGUUCCGAAGCACUUCCCACUCUCCCAAGAGAGUGGAGAAACCAAGAAAAGGGCAUCAAAUUGUCGCCAAGUCCCCAGUUACACAGCAAUUCGUGAACGAUGGCGUAAAAACUGAUACCAUCUGCCCUGUUCAGAAAAAAACGCCGACAACGGCUGCACCACCUCACGACUCCCUCAAAGUACCUUAUGUCACUCCUACAGACCCAUGGCCCACUUCACUUCCUGUAGAAAACUCUCCCUCCAUUAGAAAGUCUAAAGACCUUAGUACCUCGAUCUGCAAUAUAAUCCCAGUGGAUACUGGGAACACCACGGUCACCCCGGCCCGCCCCGCUUCCCCUCCCAUGAGCAGUAAAUCCUCGGCAAGGCGUCCUUCUGUGAGAAAAUGCCUCUCAUGCCAAUGCACCGACUCUCCAUGCUGGCGGCCCUCCUGGUCAGAUAGAAAACAGGAUCAACUAUGUAAUUCCUGUGGCCUUCGAUACAAAAAAACUCAAACGAGAUGUGUCAAUCCAACAUGUCUAAAGAUCCCUAGCAAGGGAGAAUUGGCUCUAAUGAAAGCCAAUCCAAAAGUUACCCAAGUAAAAGAUGAUGGUACUCUUAUGGAGUGUCUUCGUUGCUUAUAUUGUAAUAACGUUACAGAAACCAAAGAAUAA